AUGGAUAGUUCGACGGUGUUAUUUAUUGUCACUUUGAUCGUGGCGUUCGUUUUUAUGAGAUGGUUGGUUUCCCCUGUUCCUCAAGCCAUCACUGAUAACGAUGUUCCUUCCUUAAGUCAACUGAACAGAAACUCCAGAGCUAAUGCUAGUGGUUCGAGAAGGGAUCCGCGCGCAGUCACGGAUUCCAUGAUUGAAGUUGUGCAGAGCAUAGGUCCACAGUUGACUCCUGGUCAAAUUAGAAUGGACUUGGAAAGAUCUGGCUCUGUACAGGCUACAAUCGACAGGUACCUCGAGAUGGGAUCCCUUCCGGUUCCUCCUAACGAGAGAGCAGCUCCCGUUCUGGUCACCAACACUUCAGCCAUAUCGGCUUCGGAGAAAGCUGAACCGGAAAACUUAAUUGAAAAGUUCGGUUUGAACGACAAGGUCAACGACACAAAUGGCGAAGAGAUCGGAAAUAAGUGGGGAACAUCAAAGCAGGAAAGAAGUAGCUUACUUACGAAAAGAAGGGAAGAGAUGAUUUUAAAGGCAAGAAAGAGAUUGGAAUCUCAGCUAAAGAAUGAAGUAGAUAUGCCACUCAGAUAA